CAGCUCGGUAAUGCAGAAAGUGCGCCGCGCGCUCGCAUAAGCCCGCUCGUGCCCGCGCGCCUGAGUUUAUCCUCCUCGCGCACCGGUAUCUCUGUCUCUUUCUUUCUCUGUCUGUCCCGCGGAGCGCGCGACCUACCUGCCUCUCCGCUCCACACCUGCAACAUCUCGCUAUGGCACACCUGAGUGGUCGAGCGCUCGCGCUGCUGCCCUGCGUUCUCGCGUUCGUGGCGUGGUUCAGUCGGUUAACGCUCGCGGACGGCCGGGUCUUCCUGCUGGAGUUAAGGAACGGCUCAAACGGAGGCUAUGAAGAAGCUUCACAGGCAUGCGAGGCUCAGGAUGCGCGGUUGGCAUCAGGAAUGGAGCUCCGUCAUGCUGUGGUGGAGUGUUCCUUCUCUGCCUGCACACAAGGCUGGCUUACUGGUCCCAGCAUUGGGACAACAGUGUGCAGGAGCAUGGCUGGGAGUCUGCGGGCUGUGAACAUGCGUGUGGAGAAUGUGACUGAGACAUCUGAGCGACUCGCUGCUUUCUGUGUGAAAGACACUGGAGCUCCGUGUGGAUCUCCACCCUCGUUUCCCAACACCCAUCUGCAGGGCCGGACCGGGCUGGAGCUGGGUGAUGAGCUUCUGUACGCCUGUAACCCAGGAUACACCCUGCCCAAUGGAGAGACAGCCUUCAGCCUGCUGUGUGACAGCUGUGGAGAGUGGUAUGGCCUAGUGCAGCUCUGUGUUAAAGAUGGUGCUGAGGCCUUCAUCGACUAUGAGGACAAGCUCCCUGAUGACCAUCAGUUGUAUGAGGGCCUGGAGGAGGUGCACCGUGUGAGUCUGAGGCCUGAGGUCACUGAGAUCACUAAUCAUAAGGAGGCGGAAGAUUCUACGCCUGAGCCUGAACAGGGCAAGCCAGUCGCAGUAGAGAAAGAUGAGAGAACUGAUGAGGAAGAUCCUGGAGUCUUCUUAACAGAGCCCCCAGUGUCUCAGGUCAGCCAGAAGCACAUGUUCUGGUUCCCUUCCGAAGCUUUUCAUGAGGACGAACAUCCCCUUGUCUCUACAGAAACACCCAUUAAAGCCCCCACUAAAGACGAAAACUACAUCACGGCUAAAACAGAUGACAGGCAGCCGAUUGAUACUGAGAAGACCGCGGAAGAAGAUGAUGGAGAUUUAACUCAUGAACCUGCAACUGAUGAACCUGUAGGUCACAGUGUGGGCAGCACAGAGGAAUCAUGGCUGGAUGGUUACCCUAUUCCCCAAGAGGAGGAGAAAGCAGGUCAGGGGUCUACAGAUGAAGGAGGACCAGGAGGGGAUGCUGAGAGUGACCAUUCAAAGGUGGGCGGGUUUGAAAGCGUGACUGAGAGCCCUGAAGAGGCCACUGUUGGAGGAGUUAUUCAUGACCACCUGGAGGAAGAGACCGAAGAUACUUCGGUGAAACCCGAAGGGCACGAUGAGGAGGAUCAAGGAACCAAGUUUGUGACUGAAGGUCAUGAAGAGAAUCCUUUUGUUGGAGUAUUUGAUGGCCAUGAUGAAGAGACAUAUCACAGAGUUACUGAAGCACCUGAAGGAACAUUUCCUGAUGGAGGAACUGAUCUAUCAGGAGGAACCCACAUUGUUACGGAAGAACCAAUGGCAGAGGAAAUGGACGGAGGGGUAAAAAGUCCUUCGGAGGAUAUGGAAACCAAAGAUGUGUCCGACAGUUCCAAAGACAUCUUUCACGGUGUAACUGACACAGCCAAUGAUAUCGAGAUGAGCCCCACAUCCUUAACCAGCCUCACCCAGAUCACAGCCAGCCUAGAUCAUGACAAGACCCACAACAAAAGACCAGCUCCAUACACGCCCGGCUCCGCACCUGAGAACGUCAGCACUAGCCAAGAUGGAAUGGGUUUCGAACACACCAUCACACCUUCCGGCAUGGCACCUCUAGACACCACGCCUACGCAAGACGUUCACAUCGUUAGCAAUGUAGCCACACCCACAGUCAGCGUGUCCUGGGAGACUAAAGACCAUGGCCCCUUCCUGGAGAAGAGUCCCACCAUAAAAGAAGAUGUCUCGACUGAAAGCUACGAUGAUCAGAGUGUAAUAGAAGGAGACAGAGACCGUAGCCUGGAUCAAAAGGAAAAGGCUGAGGAUGGAGCUUGUGGCGAAGAACCGUGCAAAGUUGCCGGUCGUGGGCCAACAAUUGCGGCCAUCAUCGUUGGAAUAGUAGCAGCACUUGUGGGCUUGGCCUUGGGAGUGUGGUGUUACAAAAAGAGGCAGCAGAAAAGCUCUCACUAUCAGCUGAAUGGAACUAAUAGACAGACGCAGUGCAUCGAGCUCCAGCAGACUGUAUAAUAAACACACCAUGCACACGUUUGAACAUUGAUCUACUGUAUGUGCACCAACAUACACACUAAUCUACACACAAUCCAGGGAUCAUCCUGGAGUCCCUGAAGCUUUAGAUCUCUCCACACUAGGAAUACUAGAAAGUGCUGUAGUGUGUUUUGUGUUUUAUGCUUUGUUAAUACAUAUUUCUAUUUUUCAUACUUGCUUUUUACUGUGCCUAUCUACACUCAUCGUCACAAAAAUCGUUGCAAAAAUCAGUGCACCCAGAAGGAAAUGUUAGAUUGUAAUGCUAUUCGGAAGGAAGGUCAAAGUUACCAGGAACAAUAAACUAUUUAAACUUCAGAGCGAUACAUGGAAACUUUUGGACAUAUUUACAUAAGUACUGUGCAACACAUCUAACAAAUGCUUUGUGUCUUGCAAUAAUCCAUCCUGUGCAUCCGGUUGCAGGACAUUAUUAACGUAAUAUUGGACUUUCAAAGUGCCUGUAAUGAAGACCAAAGGUGAUUAGGAAUCGUAACAAAUUGCACCCCACACCAUGACACCAGACUAUCUAUGAUGUCUAUGAUGUUCCUGUCGGUUGAUUCCUUCUGGGUGCAGUUAUGUCGAAGAUGAGUGUAUAUUUGAUGCCUUAUUGUUUUUUUUUUAGAUUAGGUUUGUGAAUUUGAUUUGAUUGUGUGGACUGCAUUUGACAUUACAGAGGCUAUAGGUAUGGAUUCUUUUGCAUGGGGAGGAUGUGUGUUUUCUGUGUUAACACACAAUAACACACAAUAGUCGGUGUGUAUAGGCUCGUCAGGCUGGUUUUCUGUGAGUGAGUGUGAGUGUAUGUGUGAGUGUGAGGAGUGUUUCCGAGAGGAUAUGUGAGACUGAAUGCUGGAUUCUGUGUGCACUGCUGGAAGUCUUAGUGUUACACGUAGGUGUUAGACCUAGUUUGCGUCUGCAGAAAUUCCGGUGAAAAGAAACAAAGGUGCACCUGAUUGACUGUUUUUAAACGUUGGUGUUUAGCUUAGAGUUUUUAAAAAAUAAUGUAACUCAUAAUUGCAUACUUUAAAUCUGCAUUGAAACAUACAACAAUGUACAAUUAUACUGUAUACUAUAACUUUAAUUGAACCAAACCAAAAGAAAGCAUUACUGUAUCUCCAAAAACAUAUCCUCGUUGUAUUUUGAUCGAUAACAUUCAAGUAUUCUGAAUGCAAGUACUGAAAACUGGCCAUAUACAUAAAUAAAACAUACUGAGUAGACCUCGGUACCUAUUAAGCUGCUUUGCUUCGUAUUAUCUGUACAUGCAGAAUCUAAGUAGGCAAUGUUUUAGCCUAAAUUGACCCCAAUAAACAGACUAUUUAGAUACCAAUAACUCCCCAAAGGCAAUAAAUCCUCAUAUUUUAGCUAAUUAUCCACGACUGUCCCACAAAGCUGGAUCAACUGAUUAGUCAGCUGAAGCUACUUACUUAAAUAAACUAUAUGUCCAAAUACAGCUCUGGAAAAAAAUAAGAGACCACUUCAUUUUCUAAUUCAGUUUCUCUGAUUUUGCUAUUUAUAGGUUUAUGUUUGAGUAAAAUGAACAUUGUUGUUUUAUUCUAUAAACUACAGACAACAUUUUCCCCAAAUAAUUUAGAGCAUUUAUUUGUAAAAAAUGAGUUCAUAUUCAUACAGUUUUAAGAGUUCAGAAAUCAAUAUUUGGUGGAAUAACCCUGUUUUUUAAUCACAGUCUUCAUGCAACUUGGCAUGUUCUCCUCCACCAGUCUUACACGCUGCUUUUGGAUAACUUUAUGCCACUCCUGGUGCAAAAAAAUCAAGCAGUUCAGUUUGGUUUGAUGGCAUUCAUCUACAUUAGGUUGAAGCUACUGACACAGUUGUGUAAAUGCACACACACAACUUCUCCAGUACUGCAAUAGAAUAUGCCUGUCUGGAGCAGAAAGACAUGAACCUAUGAACAUACUGUCACUGUGCCUAAGGCUACAUGGACUAGAUGUGUUUAAAGCACUUUUGGAAUAGGAUUGGGAGUGUUGAGUGUGGGAUGGGGAUGAGUGGGGUGGUGAUCAUCCAACAUCCCACUCUCAAUAAUGCACUUGUAGAUUAAUACAGUUGUACAGUAGCCAGUGUUCAGUCUUUUAGUGACCCCUCAGAGCAGGUUAUUCUUUUUUAAAGAGAUAAUGGAUUUCAUUUGUAAUUUUUUUUUUACUGUAACACUCUAUAUUCAGAAUACUUUUCAGUACCCACACUUGUAUUGUAAUUACUAUAUCAUACACGUUUACACAUUAAAUGCAGUAUAAUAUAUAUUAAACAUGUAUUUAUUCAUAUAUAUGUGUGUAUAAUCAAAUACAUGCAUUUAAAUACACAAAAGUCUUAAUUUUUCAGGCGUGUGCAACAAAUUAGUGUAUGUAGGCUAUAAAACAAAGUAGACACCGUGCCUAUAGGAAUUCCUGAAACUUUAACCUUAACUUAAUAUAUUUAAACUUAACUAUAUAUUGUAAUAUUUUGUGCAUUGUGAUGUGGAGAGGAGCUGAGUUUAAGUGUCUGUGCGUGUGUGUGUGCGUGUGUGUGUGUGUUACUGUUUUGUUUGUUCUUUUAACAGAUGAUACUGAUGAUUUUUUCUGUAUCAGCUUUUUGUAAUUUGUACACUGUAGAAAUAUUAAUAGAAAUGCCUGCUAGUUUUUCCUUGUAUUACGUUUGUAAAUAAUUAGUUAUUCUGAAUGACGUUCUGUUAUCAGCAGUAAAAGAAAUAUUUAGUUAAACUAACAUUAGAAUGUCUAUUAUAAAAAGAAGUAUAGCUGGUCAAAACUACAUUUUUUGGCUUUGAGAUUGUAUCUCCGACACUGGGCAGACACUCUUACCCAAAGGAAUGUACAGCUUUAAUCAUGUUACACAGUUUAGUUAAUGUAAUGUAAUACUACAUACACUACAUGUACAAAUGCCUGUGGACACCUCUUUAAAGGAACGCAUUCAACUACUUCAUCUACUGACACAGAUGUGCAAAUGCACACAUACAGCUUAAUUAAUCCAUGUGAAGAAGUAUUGCCUAUAGAAUUGGACUCUAUAGAAUUGGAGUAGAUAAACCUAACCUAUCGAUUGUGUUCCAUCCAUUAGCAAUAUUUUUUUUUUCAAUAUCUUUGAUUUUGAAAGAAACAGUAAAUGACAUAAAUCACACAAAGGCAACGAUCCAGAAAUAUAUUCAAGAUAAAAACAAAAAAAAAAGUCUCAAUUUAAGUUUUCAGUGCUGAUGUUAAUUUACUUACAUACAUAUAUCAUUUUUUACAUUUCUACUAUUAUUUUUUUAUUUUAUUUCCUGUCUAUCGUAGGUUCCUCAGCAUUCACUGUAUAUGAAGGACACUCUGUACUUGACACUGCCUUGUCACUGUGCAGACUCUGGUUGCAAGUCUUGGAGAAGAAAAUGACACUCUUGAUAAUUUUUUUAUCAAUUUAAAUUAUUAUUAUUAUGGUACAGAAACCUGCAGUUUUUUCCUGAGUGGGGCUUAGUACCUUAUGUUCCUGUUACAUUUGUUACAUGUAUGAAAUUACAUCUACUAUCAUCUACUUUUUAUUGUGACGCAGACGGUUCUCCUGAAGGUUUCUGAUGUAUUAAAAUUGCAUAGGUGUGGUCAGUCCUUAUAUUUCAUGAGUCAGAUGCUUUAAUGUGGCGCUCAGACACAGCUGAACAUUAGUGUGGUAAACUAACUGAAUGAUUACAAAUAAAAUCCCGUCAUUUUAGGAA